UGAGGAGCCUAGUUAUCUUACAAAGUUUGAGAUUAAUUUGGAAACUGGAGAAUGCAAAGAAAAAAGAAUAUCAGAACUGGUUGUUGAAAGGCCGAGUACUAACCCUAAGUUUUUGACUCACAGAUAUGCAUAUGUCAGGUCUGAAGGCCUUAGCUCCCGGGAAAUGGGAUCCGAAGUUGUCAAGUUUGAUUUAAAAUCUGAAACUGUAGUUGGCAAAAUACGUUGUAAUCCGGAAUGUAUUUUUAAUGAAGCUCUGUUUGUGCCAAGGGAAAACGGAAGAUCUGAAGAUGAUGGAUUUUUAAUGGAUAUAGUUUAUUAUCCGAGUUCGCACAGUUCUGCAUUUGCUGUGUGGGAUGCGCGGACGAUGUCGGAAUUACCAAUUUUUGAAAGUCCUCUUCCCCAAAGAGUUCCAUAUGGAGUACAUGGAAUCUGGUUUCAAAGUCUUCCAUCUUAGUUGAUGAAUAAACAGAGUUAUUAAAUACCAAAGUUCUUUGCUAACGUUUUAAUAACUCUGAAUUAUGUUAUCAAAAUUUUGAUGAAUAACCGUAAUUGUUAUUUUUAUCUUCAUAAAACGCACCUAGUCUCAGCAAUGGUGACGAAGUUGCGGCCAAAAUGUCCGAAAAUUAAAGAUGUGUUUUUACAAAGAAAUUACAAAAACGUUAUUAGUCCACUUUAUGCCGUGACACUAGUACGAUCUCGACUGAGUUACAUCUCCAAUUUUUAUUUUACACUUAAAGCAGCUUAGUACACGAAAAAUACUAAGCUAAAAUUUUUAGUUUUAUGUGAUGUAGACUCAGCUUUCAUUUUAAAAAGAUAAUCUUUGUGU